GAAACACGUACACAGCAAAAAACGAAGAAACAAAACAAAUCCCACUCGCACGCAUCAGCAGUAACUGCUUCUAUGAUCCUUCCUUUCUUUUUGUCGACAAGAAACCCAACAAUUAAACCAACCCAAAUUUUUAGAUUUCCUUUUCAUUUCUUACAAAACCCAAAAGAAUAAAUAAAUAAAACCCACUUUAAUUUUUUUUUGUACGCAUUCAAAGACCCAAACUUCUUUCAUUCAGCUCCAUUUAUAGAUCAAAACAAGCAAAACCCACAAAAAAAGUCCCAGCCUUUUAAUAAAAAAUGGUGCUAAAGAGACUAUCUUUGAGUCUCUUUUUAGGGUUUUUGUUUACUUCUUUGAUAGUACCAAGCUCUAUAGCUAGAUUUGUUGUUGAAAAAAACAGCUUGAGGGUUACAUCACCAGAUAAAAUAAAGGGUACUUAUGAUAGUGCAAUUGGGAAUUUCGGGAUACCACAAUAUGGAGGUAGUAUGGCAGGUGCUGUUGUGUAUCCAAAAGAUAAUAAGAAGGGUUGUAAAGAGUUUGAAGAGUUUAGGAUUUCGUUUCAGUCGAAGCCUGGUGCUUUACCCACUUUUGUUUUGGUGGAUCGUGGAGAUUGCUUCUUUGCUUUGAAGGUCUGGAAUGCCCAGAAGGCUGGGGCUUCUGCAGUGCUUGUUGCGGAUGACAUGGAGGAAGCAUUAAUAACCAUGGACACACCUGAAGAGGAUGUUUCAUCUGCAAAAUACAUUGAGAACAUAACAAUACCGUCUGCUCUUAUUGAGAAAAGUUUUGGUGAAACAUUAAAGAAAGCACUUAGCAACGGGGAUAUGGUCAACGUGAAUCUUGAUUGGAGAGAAGCUGUUCCACACCCGGAUGAUCGUGUGGAGUAUGAGCUUUGGACCAACAGCAAUGAUGAAUGUGGGGUUAAGUGUGAUAUGUUGAUGGAAUUUGUGAAGGAUUUUAGGGGCGCAGCACAGAUACUUGAGAAAGGUGGUUACACUCAGUUUACACCCCACUACAUUACCUGGUACUGUCCUCAAGCAUUCACCUUGAGCAGGCAGUGCAAGUCACAGUGCAUAAAUCAUGGAAGAUAUUGUGCUCCUGAUCCUGAACAAGACUUCAGCUCAGGUUAUGAUGGGAAAGAUGUUGUUCUUGAAAAUUUGAGACAACUAUGUGUUUUUAAAGUUGCAAAUGAGACCAAAAAACCUUGGGUGUGGUGGAAUUAUGUAACUGAUUUUCAAAUCAGAUGUCCCAUGAAAGAGAAAAGGUACAACAAAGAAUGUGCUGAUGCUGUCAUCAAAUCUCUUGGGCUCGAUGCUAAGAAGAUUGAUAAGUGUAUGGGAGACCGAAAUGCUGACUCUGACAAUCCUGUUCUGAAAGAAGAGCAAAAUGCCCAGGUUGGAAAAGGAUCGAGGGGUGAUGUAACCAUAUUGCCCACCCUUGUUGUCAACAAUCGUCAGUAUCGAGGAAAGUUGGAGAAAGGUGCUGUUCUAAAGGCCAUAUGCUCUGGUUUUGAGGAAACAACAGAGCCAGCGGUUUGUUUGAGUGGUGAUGUGGAGACCAAUGAGUGCUUGGACAAUAAUGGGGGUUGCUGGCAAGAUAAAACAGCCAACAUCACAGCCUGCAGGGACACAUUUCGUGGGAGAGUAUGUGAGUGCCCUCUUGUCGAUGGUGUGCAGUUCAAAGGAGAUGGUUACAGCCACUGUGAAGUGAGUGGAUCUGGGAGGUGCAAGAUAAACAAUGGAGGCUGUUGGCACAAAUCUCGGGAUGGACACACCUUCUCUGCUUGUCUGGAUGUUGAUGGUGGUAAAUGCCAGUGUCCUCCAGGAUUUAAAGGUGAUGGUGUGAAAAGUUGUGUAGAUGUUGAUGAGUGCAAAGAGAGAAAAGCCUGUCAGUGCUCUGCAUGUAGUUGCAAAAAUACUUGGGGAAGCUAUGAAUGCUCUUGUAGUGGGGAUCUUCUGUAUAUCAGAGACCAUGAUACCUGCAUAAGUAAGAGCGGCACUGAAGUGAGAUCAGCAUGGGCUGCAGUUUGGGUCAUUUUGUUAGGCCUGGCGAUGGCUGGUGGUGGAGGAUAUCUUAUCUACAAAUAUAGAUUAAGGUCAUACAUGGAUUCAGAGAUAAGAGCUAUCAUGGCACAGUACAUGCCUCUGGACAGUCAAGCAGAAGUUCCAAAUCAUGUCCAUGACGAGCGGACUUGAAGAAAACUGUCCUCUGGCACAGUGCAUGCCUCUUUUGAAGGUUGCUAGUAACAGCAGUGUUGAAGUGGUUCUAUGAUUGCCCUUUAUCCUUUCAACGGUUUUCAGCGUGGAUUUUACACCUGUAAUGUACAUGGACAAUAAAGAGUGCAGAUUAAAAUUGUACUUCGUUUGUUAGGACUGUAAAAUCUUACACUUUAAAGGAUUGGAUUUGGGCAGAUAGCAAGGGAUGUGGCUGUAAUGUCCAAGAAUUUUCGUUCCCGCCCCGUAAUUUUUACUUAAUUUAUGAUUACCCUGUAACCGGUCCACCCCCUUUAGACAGGCUGACCUUUUUUGCCGUUAUAUUUAUUUAAAUUCAAGUAGCUUUGACGCUUUCA